AUGUCUGAAUUGUUUUUAGGAAGAGGACGCGGUGCGACAGGAUUCGCUGGUGGCGUCAGUCGUGAUGACGCGACAACGAUGGAGGAGCGUGAUCGCGGCGACUACUCAGAGUCAAAUUACGAUGAAUUUGCUGGAUAUAGUGAAGGACUUUUCACGUCGGGAGAAUACGACGAAGAAGACAGACAGGCUGACGUUGUUUAUGGAGAAAUUGAUGACAAGUUGGACGCGAGACGGCGAGCAAAACGUGAACAAAGAUUUAAGGAAGAGUUGUCAAAAUUAAGAGCAGAGAAACCAACAUUGAGUCAACAGUUUUCAGAUUUAAAAAGAGGAUUAAAUCAAGUAUCGCAAGAAGAAUGGGAAUCAAUUCCAGAUAUCGGUGACUAUUCUCUGAAGAGUAAACAGAAAAAAGCAAGAACUUUGGCUCCUGCUCCUGAUUCACUUCUGAUGAAUGCACAUUCAAUGAAUCAGACAGUUGGAGCUCUUGAUGCUCGAGGGAUUGGAGGAGGUGCCGUCACUCCGAUAGGCUUCGGACUCCAAACGCCUCUAGCUGGAUUUCAAACUCCCAUGGGCUUGAGAACACCAUUAGGAUUGAGCGGGUUAUCAACUCCCUUUGCAAUGGGAGGAGGAAAUCGAACGCCACUUGGAGGAUUCAGAACUCCUAUGAACGCAGGUGGAAGUGCUACACCGUCUUUAAAUGAUUUGGGCGAAGCUCGCGGUACAAUUUUGACUGUGAAGCUUGAUAAGGUAUCUACAGAUGCAAAUAUUCAGGAUAUAAAGAAGGCCCGACUAUUAUUAAGAUCUGUAACACAAACAAAUCCACAACAUGCACCUGGCUGGAUUGCUGCAGCACGAUUGGAGGAAUUGUCAGGGAAGCUUGAUGCUGCUCGGGAACUUAUUGCUCAGGGUUGCACUCUUUGUAAAAAUAAUGAAGAUGUUUGGCUUGAAGCUGCGCGUUUAGAGAAAUCUAAAGAAGCAAAGUCAAUAUUGGCGAACGGCAUUCAUGAAAAUCCAACAUCAGUAAAAUUGUGGAUGGAGGCUGCUAGGAAGGAAGAGGACAUCGCACUUAAGAAACAAAUUUUGCGUAAAGCUUUGGAGAAGGUUCCGAAUUCUGUUCGUCUAUGGAAAGAAGCGAUCAGUCUCGAAGGGCCGAAAGAUGCAGAAAUUCUUCUAGGGCGUGCCGUUGAAUGUGUUCCUACAAGUGUUGAAAUGUGGUUGGCACUCGCACGAUUGUCGAAGUAUGAAAACGCUCAGCGGGUUUUGAAUGAAGCGCGCAAACAUAUUCCAACAAAUAUAGAAAUUUGGAUCAGCGCUGCUAAGUUGGAAGAAACGCAUAACAAGACAGAUAUGGUUGAUCGAAUUAUAUCUCGUGGUGUGGAAAACUUGACGACGAAAGGGGCUGGUCGUGAUCGCGACUCUUGGAUGAAACAUGCUGAAGAAGCAGAGAAGACUAGAUAUCCGAAAACAUGCGAGGCAAUCAUCCGAGCCACGAUGGAUAUCGGUGUCGAGAGCGUGAAUAGGAAAAAAAUUUGGGUUAGCGAUGCGGAAGGGGCGUUGGGACGAGGAAUGGUUUUAGCCGCCCGAUGCUUGUAUGCUAAUGCGUUGAAAGUCCUUCCCAAAGAAGAAGAUCUGUGGAUUGCUUUGGGACAAUUGGAAAUGAAUUUUGGGACACCAGAGGCCCUUGAUCAAAUUUUAUUAAAGUCUGUGGAUCGCGAAGCUUGUCCUCAUUCGGAAACGCUUUGGUUGAUGGCAGCAAAACAAAAAUGGAUCAGAGGAGAGAUUGAACUUGCAAGAAAGCUUUUAGAGAACGGGUUCCAAUCUGUUGUACAGAAGGAAUCAAUUUACUUGGCUGCAGUGAAACUCGAACGAGAAGCUGGGGAAACUGAAAGAGCUCGGAAAUUGUUAGCCGCUGCCCGUCUUGGGUGCCGGAACAGUGAGAAGGUUUGGAUGCACUCGGUGCAGCUUGAAAGGAUGCUAGGAGAUUAUGACGCUGCCCAAAACUUGAUUGAUGAGGCGUUGAAGUUGCACCCUAAGAAUCCGAAACUUUGGAUGAUCAGCGGUCAGAUCAUCAUGGAAAGGAUAGAGGGAGAGGAAGGAAAGACUGAAGCACUCAAAUUAUUCGAAGCUGGGAGAAAGGAGUGCGUUAGGUCGAUCGAAUUGUGGUUGUGUGCCGUCAAUAUUUACAGAGAAAGCGGAAAUUGGAAUCGUGCAAGGGCCUUGCUUGAAGAAGCUCGUUUGAAGAAUCCAAAGCAAGAGUUAUUGUGGUUGGCCGCUGUAGAGAUUGAGAUUGAAGCGGCUGGUGUAUCAAGAACAGAUUGGUCACAGGGAAUUGUUGGAACUGCGAACCUCCAAAUGGCUCAUCACAUGAUGUCAAAAGCGCUUCAGGAGUGUCGAAAAUCCGGAAUAUUGUGGGCAGAAGCGAUCUUUUUAGAACCAAAGGCCGCGCAGGUACGCUCAACUGAAAGAAAAUAG